GGCUGUGGCGCCGAAAACAAAGUGUGGGACGCGGGAGGGUCGGACGAGGCUGCUCGAGUCGAAGCUGGCGUUCUGGGUUCUGGUUAGGGUGGAGCGUCUCUCAGGCCGGAAGAAGGGUGGGGUGGGGCCUGAGGGACAAGAAGGAAGUGAGCGGCGCGGCCGGCCGGGUUAUACGCUGCGCAGGCGCAUAGAGAAAGCUGGUAGUGCCGUGCGCAGGCGCGGUGCGACUGUGACGUCACGACGCUCAUUAAGGGCAGAAAAGUCGGGCCUAGUAUUCUGCGGCUGCCAGCGUUGGUGGCCCUGCGUCGUGUCUGGCGCCAUGUUCGGUUCCAGCCGCGGCGGUGUACGGGGCGGGCAGGACCAGUUUAACUGGGAAGAUGUGAAGACUGACAAGCAGAGGGAAAACUACUUGGGUAACUCGCUGAUGGCCCCUGUGGGCCGCUGGCAAAAGGGCCGCGACCUCACCUGGUACGCGAAGGGCCGCGUACCGUGCGCGGGGCCGAGCCGCGAGGAGGAACUGGCGGCGGUGCGGGAGGCCGAACGGGAGGCUCUGCUGGCAGCGCUGGGCUACAAGAACGUGAGGAAGCAGCCCACCGGCCUGAGCAAAGAGGACUUCGUGGAAAUCUGCAAGCGAGAGGGAGGAGAUUCGGAAGAGAAAGGCGUAGAUCGGCUACUGGGGCUGGGCAGCACGAGUGGCUCAGUGGGCCGUGUAGCGCUGUCACGGGAGGAUAAGGAAGCUGCCAAGCUGGGGCUGUCGGUGUUCACGUGCACCUUCUUUUGCAGCACCACCGCGUGGACAGCAGCAGCCGAGGUUCUUCUCCAGCAGCUGCCAAAAGGAAGCCACGCAUCGAAGACAAGGCGGAACCUGGUGAUGAGAGCCACAAGAAAAGCAAGAAAGAAAAAAAGAAAAAGAAGAAGAAACAUAAGAAGCAUAAGAAGAAGAAAGACAAGGAACAGAGAAAGGAGGCUGAGUCUACCUCCUCAUCUCCCUCUCCUGCCUGGCCUAGACGCCAGCGGCAUGAUUCCGACUCUUCUUCCCCCUGCUGUAAAAGAAGGAAGUGACAUAGCAGGGACUGUGGAAAGAGCCCAUCCCACAGACAGCAAGCAGAAGGGAGGCUGUGAUGACUGAGUGGGUGGAGUGAUACCCACCAGAGCCCUGGGUGUUCUCCGCCUGGGACCUUGCUCACUACAUGAUUGGGCUUUGUGGCUGCUGUGUAGUUCCCACCCUGAUUACCUACUGACCUGCCUGGGGGAAUCCCUCCUGCCAGGUGAAGCAAGUGGCUACUUUCUGGAGUGACCCUGAGCCUUGCCUUCAAGGUCUUGGGAGUUGAUGUCUGGCUGCUGGGUGACAAGAGGUGCUUCUUGGAGGAAAAUUCUCCAGGUUUCUUUUGAUCUGGGUGCCUGCAGAGUCCAUGAGGGUGGUACUAAGAUUCAUCUGCCUAGAAGGAUCUCGCAGAGAUUAGACUUCUGCCUGCUCUGCAACGGUUCAGGCCUAAGAGCUGUGACCAAGUGUGGUUACUUUUCACAUUCACUUUGUACCUAAAUAAAUGUAUUUUAAAAGUA